CGCCGCUGUGCGUCUUGGCCACGCCCCCGGAGCGCGGGAGCGGCGCGGCCCCUCAGCCCGCAGCACCAUGCGUCUGUCGGUCCUGCUGAGCGCGGCACGGCCGCGGCUGCCCCCGGGCUACCGGCACGGCACAUGGCCCCCGGACUCCACCACCGCCCGGCUCCGCAACCCCCCGGGGCAGCGCCGCCGCAAGGUCUUCGUGGAACCCAUCGCCAAGGACGACUGGAAGGUGUUCAAGGGUGACACGGUGCAGGUGCUGGCCGGGAAGGACGCGGGGAAGCAGGGCUUGGUCAGCCAGGUGGUGCAAGCCCGCAACUGGGUGGUGGUGGAAGGACUGAACACGCACUAUCGCUACGUCAACCGCACCGCCAAAUACUCGAGCACCUACAUUGCCAGCGAGGCACCGCUGCUGCUCAGCCAGAUCAGCCUGGUGGACCCUGAGGACCGGAAGCCCACGGAGGUGGAGUGGAGGUUCACGGAGGAGGGCGAGCGCGUCCGCGUGUCGCUGCGCAGCGGCCGCAUCCUGCCCGUGCCCCCGCAGCCACGCAAGGAUGGCGUCGUGCCUGAGCAGUGGAUCGAUGGCCCCAAGGACACGUCAAAGGAGGACGCGCUGGCCAAGACGUACCGGCCGUCGUUGAAGACCUUUGAGGAGGAGAUCAUGGAUGCCAUGGGCAUUGUGGAGACACGAAGGGCCAAGAAAUCCUACUGGUAUUAACUGGGGGAGCUAGGAGCCUAGAAAUCCUCCUGGUAUUAACUGGGGGAGCUGGGAUUCUAGAAAUCCUCCUGGUAUUAACUGGGAGAGCUGGGAGCCUGGAAAUUCUUCUGGUAUUAACUGGG